AUGAAUGAAGAAAUUUUAAUUAUUAAACAAGAAAAUGAUAAAUUAAAGCUUCAAAACGAAGAUUUCAAGCAGAAAAUUGAUAAGCUAAACUCUGUCCAGCAGGAAAAUGAUAAAAUAAAGCAAGAUUUCUGUAAUUUUAUUGGAUAUCAAAAAGAAAAUGAAAAGUUGAAGCAUGAUAUUGAUGAAUUGAAGAAUAUUAGGAGCGAAAAUCAGAGAAUUAAGCAAGAAAACAUGAAAUUAAUAAAUGAUUGCAAAUUAUCCAAAGAAGAGGCCAACAAGCUGAAUAUAUCAAUUGAAGAGUUGAAUGAAAAACUGAAAUCUCUGUCAAAUUCCAAUGAAAAUCUAAAAUUGGAAAAUCAAACAUUAAAUGAAAGGAUUUUAAAGCUACAAGAAGAUAAUAGUGAUAUGUUGCAGUCCCAAAAGAGCAAUAGUUCUCAAGAGAUCGAAAAAUAUAAAUCAGAAAUUGAAAAUCUAAAAUCUCAAUUAGAAAAACUUAAAAAUGAAACACAAAGUUCAGACAUAAGUAACAAAUUGAAUUCCUCUGAACAAGACAAGAAAAUUUUGAAAACCGAAAUUGAUAAACUCAAUGAAGAGAAAAGAACAAUGCUACAACAAAUUGAAUCUCUUAAAAAUGACAACUAUUGGUAUUCUAAAUGGGUUAUUGAUGCUGAAAAGCAAAUUUCGGAACAAAAAGAAAAAUUAGAAAAAUUACAGAAAGAAAAUAUUGAUUUGAAGAUUAAAUUCGAUACAUCUAAGUCAGAACAGAAUCAAUUGAAUGAAUUAAAAGAAACACUUGAAGAAAGAGAAAAUCAAAAUGAAUUUCUCAGAAAACAAUUAAAAUCUUUGCAAGAAAAGCUCAAAGAUGAUGAUUCUGUAGCUAAGAUCACCGAAGAGAAGCGAAAAAUAGAGAAAGAAAACAAGAUUCUUAAGAAAUUAGUCAAAAAACAAAGUGAAUCUCUUGAAGAUGAUUCCAGGAUCAAGGUUUUACAAGCAGUUAUAGAAUCAUCUACCAACGAACUCAAGAGAUUGUUCAAAGCUGUUCUUAAAAGUUCAUCUCUUUAUGAUUCAGAUAAAUUGUCAUUUGCAAAGAAAAGUUUGAAGAACGUUUUACCUCUGAACGACCAGUUGAAGAUUGUAGCGGAUUUCUUUGAGGAAUCCGCACUCACAAAUGUUACUUCCAGUACUCUAAAUAUAACUGAGAGUAAUGCUUUCUCAUUUUUGGAGAAAUUAGCUUUAUAA